AUGUCUAUUGUUUGUUUCAUUUUGUUUUUCUAUUUACUUUUGUUAUUAAAUAAAAUUCAAACAGGUAAUAUAACUGGUUCUUCAUUUGAAAACUCUAAAAAUGAUCAGUUAAUUGAAGAAAAAGAAGAACCACCGAACGAUGCUGAACCUGUUUUAUUAGAUUCUACAAGUGGUCAUUUAGAGGAGCAACUUGAUGAAGCAAUUAAUGAUAACGAACACCGAUUAAUUGACUUAAAGGAUAAUUCAUUAGAUACGACUAAUGAACAAGAACUAUCAGUCAUGACAAAUUAUUUAUUAGAGUUAGAACUUGAAGAAGCUACUAGAGAUGAUGCUUACGUGCCUUCAUCAUUAGACAAUUCAGUAUCUGAGAAAUACGAUGAUGAAAAUUUUGAACAAAUAGCUUUACCAAUGAGUGAACUAUCAGAUAUAAAUCGAGAAAUGAAAUAUUUUUCAUUAGAUAAAGUACUCGUCGGCGAUAUUCCACCCGGUAUCGUUGUACAAGAUUACACAAUUUCAGAUAAAAUGAAAUUAAAACGUUUAUAUCAAAGUAGUCAAAUUGAACAUAGAAAAGAAUUAUUUGAUUAUAUUGCACAACACAUUCAUAAUAGAUACAUAAAUUGUGUAGCAAAUUUUCGAAAAUGGAUUAUUAAUCCACGUUCAGGAGAACCAAUAUUUUAUCGAAAUUGUGUUCCUUGUACGAAUGCUGUAGAUCUUAAUUUACAGAGUUUAUUUGAUCAACAAAUCAAUCAUAAUAAAUUACAACAUUACUUUGUAAACACUUGUAAUAUGCAAACACAAUGGAUUUCUUAUAUAAGUAAUAUGGAAUAUUUAAAUGCUGAUUCGAAACGAUACUCAUCUAUGAAUUUUACAGAUAUAAUACGUGAAAAUCUUACUCCUAACCAUAGAUAUGUAAUUCAAGGAAUAGUGAAAUCAAAUGGAAUAAAUCCUAGAGAUUUCCUUCAUGUAUGUAAUUUAGUUCAUGAUGAAUACGGCCAUACAUGGGUCAUUGAUGGGCAAAUAGAAAGAGUUUUUGAUCUUAAUCAACUAGUUGAUGUCAUAGAAUUAAAUAAAAGAUAUCGUGUUGAUUAUGUUGCACGUGCUUCUACUGGAUUAUUUCAACCACAAUCACUUGUACACUAUUCUAGAAGCUUAUCGACAUAA